CAGAAUUGGAUCAACUUCGUGGAGAACGGAGAAGAAAAGUUGAAUCCAAGCCUAAGUGGUGGAGGCCUGAUCUGACCCUGCCUACACCAACCCCUUCCACUGCCAGAGUUGUGAGCCUUUGUUGGCUUCCUGUCUGAGAGGGAGAAAUCAAGGAGGAACAUUUAUACACAUGAAGAGCUGAAGUCUCCACUUAGGAAACAAGAUCAAGCGGAAUAUCUGGAAAAGCGCAUAUUGUUUUUGUUUUUAUUUGAAGAGCUAUACACUGGGACACUUAUCAGCUGUGACCUACUUACUAUAGCUUUUGGACUAGUGGAGUUACAACAUGGCGAAGAAAAACAGCCAGAAGGGUAUGUCUUUUUUUAUUUAUUUAACCUUUAUUUAACUAGGCAAGUCAGUUAAGAACAAAUUCUUAUUUACAAUGACGGCCUACACCGGCCAAACCCGGACGACGCUGGGCCAAUUGUGCACCGCCCUAUGGGACUCCCAAUCACGGCCGGUUGUGAUACAGCCUGGAAUCGAACCAGGGGGUCUGUAGUGACGACUCAAGCACUGAGAUGCAGUGCCUUAGACCGCUGCGCCACUCGGGAGCCCACUGCUACUAUUAGUCUGCUAUGUUUUUAAAAGCAGAUUAACUAGCAUUGAAAAUGCAAUAACUAGUGAGAAUGCAUUUUAGAUGUGUAAAGUUGAAUCUCAAAUACAGUCAAGUCAAUGUGACUCAUUUUUAUAGUCCCUCCCUUGGCCUAAGUGAUUGACCCUUUGUAAAGUUGUCCUCCUAGAUAAGUGUUUGUAAAUGGUGGAAGUUUAGUCUGCUGCUCUAACUUGUUGUGUUGCUGUAUCUCACUGCAAGAAGCAGUAGCCUGGUCCCAGAUCUGUUUGAACUAUCAUGUCAACUCCUUGUUAUGUCAAACAUUGGUACAUCAUGUUUGGUAUGACAAGGAGUUGACACGAUAGCACAAACAUAGCUGGCACCAGGCUAAGGAAGCAGCACUUGACAUGCAAAUUCAUCAAGUGUCUACAAGACCUCUUAUUGAGUUAGAAUGGAUCUUUUCAAACACAAUAGCUGGGGAUCGCUGAGAGAGAUGGACAGCAAUAUGAAAUGACAUCCAUGCAGUCAAUGUUGGAUGGGAUGCCUUUAGAAGGGUCCCAGCUUUUUUUCUCCGAAAUAAGUUUAGGCUAUUUUAUUAACUUUCUGAAAUGAAGCCCUCCAUUAGGACUGUCUUUGACUUGCAGAGUACAACAUUUUCUGUUAUAAAGUUUGUCAUUGUUAAAAAACUGUCCUCUGGCAUUCUUUGGUCAUGCCACAUGUAUUUGGGUCACAGCAACCCAGCUGUUUCUCAUCUCAUUGAGCUUAGUUUGUUUGGGGCCUUGCUUUGCUGACUCAUUCUGUUUCUACAACUGUACAUCAGUUAUAACCUGUUCAAAUUCAAUGCAGAUCUCGGGUCCUUUACGGCCAGUCCAGAUGCUAAGAUUUCUUGAGCCAAAUCUCAUGGCUCUAGGGCCAGUUCAUUUUGGUCCUAGCCCAUAACCUAUAUAAAGCCAUUAGAGGUGUUGUAAAAUCUUUAGGCCUAGGCCUCAAGCAACUUGAAACAGUUGUUAAAUGUAUACAUAUUUUGCUUGAGAGGUCAUCAAGCAUCUUGUCACAUUCGCCCAUUAAGGGAAUAUCUGGGUCCUAAUAGGUUUUUCAUGUAAAUCACCUCUUCUGUCUGUUCCACAUGAUUUAUGAUAAUCCCUGUGUUCCCCGCCAUGGUUUACUUUCAACACAAAUAGGCCUAACUUUGAAUGUCCAGGAAUGACUAGGUAUGGGGAGAGUUUUGUUUAGCAAAUGAUGUGCCUAUGCAUUUACAAUUGUUUUGCAAAUAGACCUGGGUCCAGCAGAAAACAAUGAGAAAUUCCAAAUCAACUUUAUUUUUCAAUCAAUCUUUUCUCUCUUUUUCCCCCAGAUACCUCUGGUAUGGUGUUCGACACUAACUUGAAAAUGGUUAUGUCCCAGGGAGGGACUUUUGAGAGAAUGAAGGAGAAGGUAAGGACUGCAAAUUAUUUAUCUCUAGGCAUAACAACAUUCCAAUUGCAUUGAUUUGAAUACAGUAAGUGCUAUUCCUCUUUUGCUAGUAGGUUUUAUUCGGUGAGAAGGCCCUUGGCCUUGGGAUAUGUAUCACUAUGCUAAAGCUUUUCCUUUCUUAAUUUCUCUCUUAUUUGUUCUCUUCACAGAUUAGCGCUGUCAGGGCCGUUGUUCCCAACAAAAGCAACAAUGAGAUAGUUCUGGUCUUGCAGCACUUUGAGAACUGCGUUGAUAAGGCCGUCCAGGCUUUCCUAGAAGGUAUGGGAAUGCCGUAGUGAUAAUUCUUGUUGUGAUAUAGAACAGACACCAUAAUCAAAUGAAUGGAAAAUACCUUUUUUAUUUCAAAUCUAAGAAUACACUGGUUCAAACUGCAUACAUUAAGUAUAACUUGUGUUUCUUGGAUUCAGUCACCAUCUAAUUACCUGAUGUAUGACGCAGUCACAUCAAUCGAGUGGAUUUACCUGUUAAUUUUUGUACAUAGCUCAUGUCAUUCAUAACUUCUAGGUGUAACAGAAUGCAUUUCAAGAAUGAGUCAUGACUCCGAUUAUAGAACAAGGAGUGUUCCUUGUUGUAAUGUGAAACGUUGUCUGUGUGUCAUGAACAAGGUCAAGGCUGUUAUGGAGAGAGCUUUCCUCAUAAUUACUUCCUUUUCCUCUCAGGUAGUGCUGUGGAAAUCUUGAAGGAGUGGAAUGUAACUGGUAAAAAGAAGGUAACCUUGUUUAUGUUGGCCUAUACUGCAGGGUAUUGCAUUCUAUAUGAAAGGGCAACAUGAGUAUGAAUGAAAUGUAUUUUCAUGCGUCAUCAUGACGUUUUAAGUACGGCCUAUCCCUCACAGGAUUAUGAGACAGCAUUUUUUUUAAACAAGUUCCAAAGAUAUUCUUCCAGUGACAGACCCAUCCAGAUUUUGAGGGGAAAAAACACUAACUUGAAAUGUAAUUAACUUUUAAACUCUAAAUGCUAGUCAAAGGAAAUGUGUAUUUUUUAAAAAAUCUAUUUUCUCUUUUCACCUAUCACCUAUUUUGCUUUGAAGUCAGCAGCUCUAGCUGAAAAUAUGGUGUCUGUGUCAUGAGGACCUACAACCUGCUCAACCAUUGCUAUAUAUGAAUUAUAUAUGAACUUCAAAAGCUGUGUAAGGUUUUAUUCUAGUGGUUAAAAUCCAACUUUGAUUCUUCAACAUCCAGCCCAAGAAGAAAAAGAAGCCCAAGCCCCAGCCAGAGCCUCCGGCAGAGGAGCCUGCUCCAGCUGAGACCACACAACCCUCUGAGACGGAGAGUAAGGAAGCUGUGAAUGGGUUCCAUGCCAAUGGCUCCGUGUUGGACGGAGACUCACUAGACUCUCUGAGUGAGCAGUUGGAUUCUGCUUCCUUGGACGCAGCUGAGCUGGAUUCUGAACCUGCCACGUCGGACAUUACAGGUAUUGAUAUGGAGAGGUCUCCGUGGCUUUAUCCAUCAGCCGACCUUUUGAUUGUUGAGACUGUACAAGACUUUUGAUAAUCCUCCAUGUAGUUGAAACCAACCCCUACACAUCGGAAAACAUCACACUGCAGUGUCUUUCUCCUUACAGUUGCGGAAGCAGACUCUCUUUGUAGUGGCCCAAGCCCCACCCCUCACCAUGCUCAAGGAGGAAGGAAUCACCAGCCUCCCCGUGGCAACAAGUUCCGUUCCAGAACUAACUCCCAGCAAUCAACUUCCGCUGUGCUCACCACUGAUGAGAACCAACAGGGAUCGUCUGGAGCCAAGAAGAUUGGUUAGUGCCAAAUUUCUUUAAAACAAAAAUAGUAAUGCUUUGUUUUUCUAAGACAGUAGGUGAUGUCUAGUCUAUCCCUGUUCUUUGACUCUCAGCGCCCAACAUUGACCGCUCUGUGAAGGACCUGCAGAGAUGCACAGUGUCGCUCACUCGCUACAGAGUGGUGGUCAAGGAUGAGAUGGACUCCUCUAUCAAGACCAUGAAGCAGACGUUUGCUGAGCUCCAGAGCUGGUACAUCUACCAACAUUACCUCCACUACAUUAGUUUGUAAAGUUGUAGUUUUAUAUUUGGAAUAUUAACUUGAAUUGGUGAUUAACUUGUUAUGGUGGGAUAUAACAUAGCACAAAUUCCAUUAUGUUAAGCAGAAUGUUUACCUAAGCAAUUUAGGAGCCUUGAUUUAAAGGUCCAAUGCAGCUGUUUUUAGCCCAAUAUCAAAUCAUUUUUGGGUAACAACUAAGGACCUUACUGUAAUUUGUUUUUAAUUAAAAUGAUCAAAAAGAAACAAAUAGCUUCAUAGCCAAGAGCAAUUUCACAAGCAAUAAUUUUGCUAGGACUGUCUGGGAGUGGUCAGGGUGGGAGGGGAAAACUUUAAACUAGCUGUUAUUGGAAGAGAUUUUGGGAAUUAUUUUUGUUAUUGGUCUAUUAACUAAUUUACCGCCUGGUGCGUUGCUCUAACCUCUGCUCUACAACAACCACCACCAGUAUCUAUUUCAGCUAAUCAGUGUUAUUGUAGUAUACAAAUGGUGAGUGUAGCCUAAAUCAAAGUACAGACUAUCUUAUCUUAGAAAUGUAAAGAAUCAUGAUCCCCUUAUCGUAGUAAAGAACAUGUCAUUUAAUAUCUUGCUCUUUCUCCCCUCCCCACCCCCUCUUCCUCUUUCUCUCCCCCCCCUCGCUCUCUUAGUCUAAUGGACAGAGAGGUUACACUGUUGACAGAGAUGGACAAAGUCAAAGCAGAGGCCAGUGAGUACGAUGCCUUUUAAUUAGCAUUUGGACUUCAAUGUAUAUUAUACUUUGUUUCUAUUCUUACUAUGUUUCUUUUUUCUGAAAGCCUUUGUCCCAGUUAGGUAGGGCUGUCCCAGUUAGGUAGGGCUGUCCCAGUUAGGUAGGGCUGUCCCAGUUAGGUAGGGCUGUCCCAGUUAGGUAGGGCUGUCCCAGUUAGGUAGGGCUGUCCCAGUUAGGUAGGGCUGUCCCCGACGAAAAACAAUCUUGGUUGAUCGAGAGUCGUCCUGUUCUUUCGACCAAUCAAUUGGUCGAAAUGUUUAAACGUAUUUUUCCAUAUAUAGACACACACCCUAUGUGUUUGAAUAAAAUCAACUACAUAUGCACUGAGCUUGUCUGAUGCUUUAAUCACACUGUUUGAUUCAAUAAUUAAGACACACAAAGUACUCAGCGCUGUGUCUGGCGCUUGUCUCGCUCUCCCUACUGCAGCGAAAAGGCACCACAGCACAGCAAAUGUUUAUUGCGCUGUUCGUGCUGAAGCUGCAACAUUUCAGUCAUUUAGGUUCUGAAUUGUUUGUGACUGAAAAGUUCUGUUACCGAAAUCCCUAAUUUGUUUACGAAAAACAUUCCCUAUUCCUCCUUGCUCUCUUUACGUGAAACAUGUAAGCAUCGCAUGCAUAUGACCAAUAGGGCCUGACCUAUAGCCUAUCAUAAUCACAUCAAGAAAUUUGGUUAUAACAAACUCUGACAAUGUCGACAGCAAAAUGGAUGCGGAGGACGUGAAAAAGAAAACGGACUGUUUAAUGGUUGCUCAGGAGGGAAAGGGGAAGUCAGAUCUGUGGAAGACAUUUGACUUAGUUGUGGAAACUACUGGAGAUCAAGAAAAAAGUAGGGUAUAGGAGCAAGCGUUGCGUGAGCAUUGUGUGCUGUUAGAUUACAAUAUUAUCAUUUUUUCUGACCAUUUGGAACAGUGUAAACAACACUAAAUAAAUAAGUGUUAACAGUCUGUUCUAACAACAAAAAAUAAUAUAUAUAUAUAUAUAUAUAUAUAUAUAUAUAUAUAUAUAUAUAUAUAUAUAUAUAUAUAUAUAUAUAUAUAUAUAUAAUGUAUAUAUGUAUAUCUAUGUGUGUGUGUGUGUAUAUAUAUAAAGCCUUUAUUACAGCAGACUAAAAAUAGUUGCAUGUAUUUGUGAAUUCCGGUUUAUUUAUUGUUCAGGCUAAUUAUUCAAAGCACCCUUUAUUUAAUUUAAAAACUAAAAUGCUUGAUUGGAUUUCAAAGCAUGAAUGUCUCAUGCUGUGUGAUGGCAUGAACGAAUUAAGGAUUGAUUGAUACAGUAGCCAAUAUAUUGAAAUAUAGGCCUAAGUAAGUUACGGUAUUAAGACUAAACAGUAUGCGCUCUUAGGCCUAAAGCUCGAUGGUGGUUAUACCAAGCCUACUAAUGAUAACGACGUUACUUAUUAUUAUAAUGAUGAUCAUAAUAAUCAUUGUAAUAACAAUAAGGAGAUGAAGAUAAAGGAGGGUAUAGGAGCGAGAGCUGCAUGCAUAUUAUUUGUGACAAACCGGUGUCGUUAGAUUACAAUAUAAUUUUUCUGCCUGUUUGGAACAGUGUAAAAUACACUAAAUAAAUUAGAACACACUGGUAUUACUUCUAACGAAAACAUUUUUGUAAAACCUUUAUUACAGCCAAAUCUGUGAAAUUGCUUUAUCUGACAUUUUGCCGUUGCAUGAGGCUUCGCGCUCACAGAAUCAGUAGGCUAUUAAACAAACACUCACACAGGCAACAGAAGCCAGAUCUGUCUUAUUUCUGUAGAUAUACAGUGCAUUUGGAAAUUAUUCAGACACCUUGACUUUUUUCACAUGUUGUUACGUUACAGCCUUAUUCUUAAAUUGAUGAAAUUGUUUGUUUCUCAUCAAAGUACACACAAUACCCCAUAAUGACGAAGCAAAAACUUUUUUGUGCACCAUAAAAAAAUAAAUAGUGACUGCUCGACUAAAGAAAUCUCGGUCGACCAACAACCUAUCGACCAAACAAUCGACCAGUCGAGUAAAUGGGGUUAGCUCUACAAUUAGGACAUUCCAAAUAGACUAACUAUAGAGAUCUUCAAAUGUAUUUCCUCAGGGUUAUUUUGGAUCUUAGGCAUACCAGAGUCUUCUAUGUAGUGAAACAUGACAGCAAGACUGUAGGCGAUUCUGCCCUCAUUCUUUCCGUCUUCCCAAUGCACAGUGUAGUGUUCUGAGCCUGGAAAAAGUGAAUAGUGUCAGUUGUCAAGGCAGACUAAAUGCUGUCUUUGUGUUGAGGUGUGUGGGGAAUUGAGGGAAGAAGAGAGGGAACACUAGAGCAGUUCAUUGACGUUACAAAAACCCAACAUUCCUUCUAAUUGACCAGUUUCUGCCCUAAUAUCUUCCCCUCCUUUAGAUGUGUGUUACUGUUAAUGGAUGAGACUUGCUUUCUUCCCUUUUUUCCCUCAUGAGGAGAAUCUCCUUAGCAACUGAUACACAAAAAGUACUCUUCCGCAUGUGGGAGUUUGUGUUUCCGCAUGUGUUUAUUUUCCCCCCCUCCGUCCUGAUAAUGGUCAGCACCAGGAAAGCCUGUGGAGUUAUUUAGGGAUACAGUGUUGUAGCUGAUCCAUUUUGUAGAAACCGGUCAACUAAUAGGCCUACCCUUUACCUUAUGAUAUUGAGGACAUACCUAGUCCCAAGUUUCAGUAUGAUAUUGCUUCUGUGUGGAUUUCUCUCCGUACAACUGAAGGCCUCUGAAUAUGGGGUGAGCGGUCAACUAAUAAUGUGUAUCUGUGUUUCAGUGGCCAUUUUGGAUGGCCGUCAAAAGAGAGCAGAGGAGCUCCGCAGGCUGACUGACCAAUCGGCAUCCAUGUCUGAGGACCAACUGAGUGAGCUGCGCGCUGACAUAAAGGUAAGUUGACUACCGUAAUAACACUUACAGUAAUAUAGUCAAGACAAAUGUACAACUGUUAAUUAACACUGGCUCAGGGACUGUGUUGUGUGGGAAUUGAGCCAUGAUCUGACCUAAGACAAGUCAGUAACUCCUGGUCAGUGAUGAUAUGUCUUGUCUCCUUUUUUUGCAGCACUUUGUGAGUGAACGUAAAUUCGAUGAAGACCUGGGAAAAGCUGUGAAGUUCACUUUCGAGCUUGAUCCACUGAAGACAAGCAUCACAGGAUUUGGAUCAGGUACAGUCCUUUGUUCUUCUCUAAUUGAUAUCUUCUCACAGAAACUCAUUGUGGUAGUACAGUAUUGCAUUGCUAUUUAGAGGGAAAUAAAUCAAUAUCCUUGAUAGGAAUGGCCACAGAAUUAAAUAGAACACAUAUUUGUAUAAUAAUAAUAUGUAUCUCUAUGGUAACACCUGCCCUCGUGUCACCCUCUCUGAUCAGUGUACCACCCUCAGACGGGUUACUCCAGCCGCUCCCGCUGUAGCUCCACCUCCUCCUCCAUCACAGGCCCAGGGUCCCUAGAAGCCCCACCUCCCUCCAGCUACGAAGGACGCCCUACUCAGCCAAACAAAACGGUCAGCUCACAAAGCAAUCAUAAACAUGCAACUAAGUUCUCAGUAAUGUUGUUUCCUUAGGAGUAAUAAUUAUCAACGUAAUAUGAUUGUUUUAUGUGAUUUAACAGUGAUUUUAAACUUGAACUUUCAGACUUUCCUAGGCAACAGGCGUUACACGGCGGGCCCAGGGUACCACUCUGGUGGGCAGCGGUAUAAUGGCAGCUCCUAUCGUGACAGGAACCCCAAUCGUGGAGGCUACCGUUCCCAGGGUUACCAGGGCAACCAGGGCCAAGGCGACAGCCCCAGCCAUCCUACCACCACUGCCACACAAUCCUCCAACUCCACAAGAGGCCCUUCCAACUCCACUCCAUCCUCUUACCGUCAAGACCACCCUUCUCAUAACGGUCUGCCCCAAAGGCCUCCGAGGACACACUGCCCCUGACACGGAACUCCCUGGCCCAUUUGUCAAAACCCCCUACUAACCCUGGCAUUCCACCCUCAAUACCCUGCCCCUCCCACCCCACUAACUCCUCUCAAUGAAGAAUAGAACACAAGUUUACAUAUUUUGUCAAUUGAGCUGUAGUGCCACCCAUAGGCAACCAUUCAUCCUCCUAACUUGAAAAUUAGCUACCCAUGUUCUGCCAUUUUCUCCAUCCUUUAGAAUGAGCUAUUAAGACCUAUUUUCUCAUGCCUGUUGAUAUAGCAGCUACCCAGGUCCCCUCAUGUGAGUCUGUGAUUUAAUCUUUGCUAUCUCAGAGGCCAGUGUUAUCUGGUGAGGAGUUCAGCACAGAGGCUGAAGUGAUUUAUAUGCAUUUUGUAGCGUUUUUAUUUGAUCUGUUAUGAUUUCUUUUAGUUUUUUUUCUCAAGCAUCAAAUUCAUAUAAUUUUGCUUUAGGUUGCAAGUUUUUUGCAGUCCAUCAAACCAUUUCAGCUCCGUAUUUUAGACGAUACAUGACACACUUACUAUGGUUUCACUAGUAUGUAUGGGAGAUUGUCAUCAAUGGCAUGCAAUCAACACUACAUAAUUGUAUCUUAUUCGUUUAGAGCUUUCCAUAUAUACUGGUUGCUCCUGUAAAUAAUAUGUACUCAUUGAAAUGUACAAUGAAUACGUUGUUAAUCAGAACUAGCAGGUGAACUAGAGGUAAUCAUGUUGGAUGUUGCCUGAUAGCAGUUGUUUAUUCCCUCCCUCACAUGUAAAUUCAGAACUGUUUAGUGGAUAGUUUUCCUGUCCUUCUCUCUAUUGUUAUUGUAUAAUCCAAGGAGAGGGCUCCUUUUCUUUAUUACAUACAUACUUUAUUAUGUGGGAUUCCACUUCUCAAAUCUCAGGUAUGAGAAAGGAACCUACACUCCCCUUCACGUAUGGUCUGAAUUAAGAUUUCCCUUUUGUUAGUACAUCUAUUCAGGUGUUAUUUGGUCUUCUCAUUCUUUCCUUAUGUUCAGUGUGUCUCAGACAGGACCAUAAACAGCACACACUUGACAUGCUUGGCUUGUAUCACAGUGCAACUUCACCUUUGCCUUUCUAGAAAUGCAGAGAUGCUUGCAUCACAGACAGUGUUAAGCGCACACACUUCUGAUCUUUUACAUUACUGAAAAGUGAGCUGUAGGAACUUUCUGUCCUUUUUGAUAUGUUCACUUUCCUCUUAAUCAUAUCCUAGAGAAGGAAAAAAUCGGAUCAAAUUUCUGUAUGCUGUUUCGGUCUUAUUUCGAACACGUUUUAUGGUUGCUGAGUUGGGACAAAUUGAAAUGGUAAUGCAUGGAUUUCAGAUUCUUUGUAAUGUCUACAAUAACUGAACAAAAUCUGGAGAAAUAGCUCAUUGUUGCCCCUUGUACACUGCCUGGUAGCAUAAUGUUGCUUUUUGGGCUUUGCUUUUCAGAGGCCUGAAUGCUCUUUUGAAAUAGGGCUUGGUAUGGCUUACCAUUUACCGAAAGCAGAGUGGUGUCAUGUCAAGCUGCAAGGCAUGUGUAUAAGAUCAUACAAACUAGCUGUUUCCUCUGUGUACCAAAGGGUCAUACCGAUGAGUAGAAG